AUGUACUCGGCGAGAUACUCUCGCCGAGUCGAACUUCAGCAGGAGGACCUCGCAGAAGACGCUCUGCGGGAGGCCCUCGCCGAGUCGGAGCGUCAAGCCCGGCGACAACUGCUCUUUGACUGGGAGCAGUUCCUGUGCGAGCCAGACGUGGACGCUCAGGAAGUCGUCCGGGUUGUCCGGCCCCACUUGGAGGUGUGGUUGGACAACGAGGUCAGACGCCUCGCCUACCGUGUGACGCAGGUGCUUACCAGGCAUGGCUGCUUCGGUAAGUACCUGUGUCGCAUUGGACGCGAGUCAACGACGCAGUGUCACGAGUGUGGGGCGGCCAGUGACUCGGUCGAGCACACCACGGUGGAAGAGUGUCCACGGUGGGCCUCUGAACGCCGGGAACUGGUCGCCAAAAUAGAAGAAGACCUCUUCCUGGAGGGCCUAGUAAAGGCGCUGUGCUCCAGGGAGGAGGAAGAGUGGGGUGCAGUUGUCUCCUUCUGCUUCAUCACAGUGAAGCAGAAGGAGGCAUCUAAAAGAGAGAGGGAAAGGCUUCCUUUCUUUCUGGGAAGACCUCGAGGGCAUGCGCGAGCGGGCGGCGGGUUUGCCCCCGUUCACCGCGGUCGUCCUCGUGGUCGUGGCACUCUCAGGUAG